AUGGAUCUAGACGUCGAAAUCAACCCCUUGACUAACAGAGUCGAUGUCGGAGAGUAUUACAGCCUCUGCUUGGUCUACUACUCCAAAACCAACAAUUUAUACUCCAAGCUUAUUUCCCGCAUACACGAGGGCCUGUUACUCCUUUCGGAAGAAUUUCCCUGGGUCGCCGGCCAAGUCCAACAUGAAGAAUGCACGGAUCAAGGAGCCAAUAAAUACAAGAUCAUCCCUUUUCGAGUGGUGCCUUGCUUGCAAGUCGAGAAUCUUCUAAAGACCUCCUCAACGGAUUUCGGACGUAGAAGAGGAGAGAAAUUUCCCAUGCAUUGGAUCAACGAGAGUCAUGUCCCCAUACAGGAGCCUUUGGCGGACUCGAAGCCCUCUCCUGUGAUGGAGUUAAAAUUCACCCGCGAACUAGGCGUUGAUAUCCUCACCAUCAGUAUGAGCAGCAAAGUCGUCGACAGAGCAGGCCUAAUUAUGAUGGUUCGAGUAUUGGCUGAAGCCUGUCGUGAGAAAAAACUUCCAUCCUCGGAUAUUGUUGAGUCAACACAUAAAAACGCGGCGUUUUUUAACAAUGACAAGAAGAGCCUAAGGUAUGACAGAAUCCCCAUCAAAUUUGUGCCGGAUCCGCAGUCAACCCAAAGCCCAUCGUAUGAGGCAAAAGGUAUUGAUUGGGCUCUGUUCACUUUUGAUCGAAAGGCUGUGCAAUACAUCGAGGACUUGGCCUUGGCUUAUGACAGCCCCUUAGAAUCCUUCUUGGAUAUGGAUAUUGAUCAGGCUUUUUCCGCUUUUGUUUUCCGAAACAUAUGCUGUGCAAGGGACCGCCGAUUCACCUCGGGGUGGACAGCGAGAUGCUUUCGUACGGUCGAUGCACGUGGAGCCCGAACACAAAAAGCAGAGGCGGAACAUCUUGGGGCACUUCAACACAUGACAUGCAAUAGCUAUACCAACCCGAGCACUAUGAGUGUCGAGACAAUAGCCAGUGACUUAUACAAGGCCUCAUCUCCACCCGCACUCAGUCGGGAUGUGGAACAUUUCAUGUUCAAUACGGGCACAGUAAUCAGCAACCCGGCUUUUAUUUCAGACGCAAUUUUCAACCCUGAGCAAGAUGUUGCUAUAGUCUCCUGGGCCGAAAUUGAGAGCAGGAGCUCGGAUUUUAACCUAUCAAACUCCUGGAAUAUCCGGAGUAUUAGGGUUCCAUAUCAUCGGCCUGCAUCAGAGGGUCUUGUGUAUUUCAUGCCCCGAAGGAAGGAGGAUGAAAUGACGGUAGCUCUAUCGUUGCGGAAGACGGAUCUGGAUAUGUUAAUGGGAUUGGCAGACUGGACUGACCGUGCGACAUAUGGCGAAAACCGACUUGCAACAGACGUCCAUCAGCAUUGA